AUGGCGAAUGAGGAUGUUGCCGGCGUCCAGAUCUACAGAGAGCAGGUCGACAACCUCCUGGAUCGCGCUACGCAGGUCAAACCCGACGAAGAUAUCGAGCCUCCUCUGUCUGAGACACACCUCGGCGAAUCGAUUUGGCAACUUCCGGCGGAUCAUCACGAGGCUACUAAACACUUAAGCCAGCAGACUAGGCUUGCGGCUGUCGAAAUCGCGUUUCGUGAGAAGUUCUAUCGCGUCUUGGCCUCGACCUCCAUCAACGACCCUGCAUUCAUUCAGAUCUGGAACCUCCUUGACAUCGUCUCGAUCUUCUCCGAUAACGAACAAUGCGAACCCGGCCUCAUCUUCUGGCUCAUUGAAGAACUUUUGGACAGUCAAACUAUCGACGGCUGUCGCAAGGUCUUUGAUUACCUGGAGUCUCGAAGGGAAAGGAAUACCAAGAAACACUUCAAGCAAAAAAGCUUGGUUAUCCUACGAUCCUGCAACGAGCUUCUUCGCCGACUUUCGCGUGCAGAGGACACAGUAUUCUGCGGCCGGGUAUUUAUCUACCUCUUCCAGAGCUUCCCACUUGGCGACAAAAGCUCCGUCAACCUUCGUGGCGAAUUCCACUCCGAAAAUGUCACCACUUUCGACGAGAUCGCAAAAGAGUCAGGCGAAAACAAGGUGCAAGAUCCAACAGUGAGUGGAGGCGCUGAAAUCGCGACACCUGGAGAGCCAGAUGCGGAUCAGCUGGGAACUCCCUCUGAGCAGACAGCAAAGCUACCCAGGGUUGUCGUCUCGACGGGCGAUGGGAAAAAAUCGGAAGACGUCGACCUCGAUGCACUUUAUCCACUCUUCUGGGGCCUCCAGGCCUUUUUUUCAGCACCAAGCAAGAUGUUCGAUUCAGAACGUUUUGCAUCUUUCAAAGCCGGUCUUGAAGCGACUUUAUCCGCAUUCAAAAACAUCAACACCGAAAUGGAAAAUCACAGCGCUUCCCGCGCUUCAGAAGAUGCCCGCAAGUCGUCAAAACGCAAGCGUAUCGAAGAUGGCACAGAGGUUGCCACCAGCUUUAAUCCGAAAUAUCUGACCAGUCGGGAUUUGUUCGAUCUUGAGAUUAGUGAUACUGCUUUCCGCCGACACGUUCUUGUCCAAGCUCUUAUUCUCCUCGACUUUGUGCUUUCUCUCACCCCGAAGGCCAAAACACGCCUAACGAAUACCACAAACAAAUCCGUACUCUACGGCUUUACUCUAAACGAGGAAGACACAAAGUGGGCAAUCAAUAUCAGAAGGAAUAUCGAGGAUUAUCUGCAGCAAGGGCCUGGUGGCAAGUUCUACUAUCGCAUGGUGGACACAGUCCUGUCUCGGGACAAAAACUGGGCACGGUGGAAAGCUGAAGGUUGUCCAUUGAUUGAACGGCCAUCCAUCUCUUCGGCAGAAUACACGACUUUCCGCGAGAAUGCCGCGAAGACUUAUGCAAACAAACGCAUUCGUCCCUCUCCGAUGGGUUCUCUUGAUCUGAAAUUCCUCUCCGAUAGCGAAGCCCUGGCCAAUAUAGAACGACUCAAGGAAUCUGACCGCUACAACGUGCCUUCCGCAGACUCUUUCAUGAAGGGUAUCAUGGACGAUGAAAUGGAUAUCGACAUGGCGAUGACCGACGAUGAUAAGGCGAUCGCUGAGGGCGCCAAAGCCAGCAAGUCCUGGCGGAUCUUGCGCCUGUCUGCAAAAGGAAAAUUCGCUGCGUUUGAUAAAAUUGUAGAUGACAACCUACAAAUUUUGUUCGAAACCCCUACAACGAAUGAAGAGAAUGCCGAGCACCACACUGGCGACCCAAAGGAUUUUCCUCAGUCCCUAGAUGGAGCUCAAGACGUACCUGCCGAUGCCCAAGAGUCUGGUGAAUCUAAGGAUACUGUUGAAAUCGCACAAUCAGCCGGGGCCAAUGGACCUGAGGUCCAAGAUUCUGUCGAGAACAAAGAUACCACUGCUGCCGAGCAUUCGGAGAGUGGUCAUGACUCACACAUCCAGGAUGUCCCUCAGGCCACAGAUGACCAAGAGAUGCAAGACGAAAACAAAGACGUCACCCGUGAAGAAACACAAAAUCCGAGCGCCGUCGGGAACGAGGCCCUUGCCGCCUCUAGUGCCUCGAAAGAGGGCCCUGCCACCUAA